AUCUUUACAAAAAGCUAGCCAUGGCAUCUCUGAAGUUUGUUCGCUCGGUAUGGGAAUCGUUCAGGGCGAAUUCCGGACUUGAACCAAGGCUUCUUGAUGAGCUGAAAAUAAUCUCUGCCGUUCCUGGUUGCGUGAACUUUGAACUUCCGAUUCAGAAGCAACACACCAAUAGGCUAAACAUCCUGCAUGGUGGAACCAUAGCAAGCAUGGUUGAUUUGGGUGGCUCCUUGGCUGUAGCGUCGAAGGGGCUAUUCUCAACUGGCGUAUCGACAGACCUGAACGUUACGUACAUCAAGUCGGGGGGCAAGAUCGGAGACACCAUCAGAGCGGAAGCCACAUGUGACAAAUUCGGAAAGACUCUAGCAUUUACAUCGAUCCGCUUUACAAACGCACAAGACGAGCUGGUCGCUCGUGGAAGCCAUACUAAGUAUAUCGCACCAGCUUGGAAAGACCCAAAAAACAUUACAGACGAACUUGCGCCCAAGCCAGAAGAAACACCUGGUCAGUGAACGCCUCACACGAGGCAAUUCAUACGUCGGAGUGUAGUACAGUAUUGUCCUAAGACUCCACUAAUCAUGACUUGGUUUAUAAUUUAGACAUCGAUAAGCAAUGUCGAGUACUUACAUACAUAACUGGGUAUCUAAGGACCCAUGUUCGUCCACUCCUUCUCUUUCGCUCACUACCUAUUCCAAUGCCCAUUCCUUCUGCUUGCCUAUACGCAGUCGCCCAACCAUGCAAUGGUAUUCCUACAUUGAUGAUCAAAUUGUGCUUGACCCUCCUUUUGCCCUUGAUUUAGGCUCGCAGUAUCUUCCAAGAAAGUAUUCGCCACACUAACGCCUCCGCCGCCGAUGUCUUGGCUCAGGUGAAACGCAAAAAGAUCUAGUGUUUUU